GAUACUCGAUUCACCGCCAUUCAGCACGAAUCAGCAAUCAGUACGAAUAAUGCACCAGCUCAGCGAACACGACAAGGCUGUCCUGAACAGCAUCUUCAACCCUCUGACACCGCUGGGCGAGGCGGUAUUUUCUGAGGAAACAAAUAUUGACGAAGAGACUCAAAAUUCGGAGGAGGAUGUUUUGAUACCGGAAAUUGCAGAGAUGCACAGGCAAGCGAUUAGCGAAACGGAAAAAGGAAACCACGAUGAAGCACGGAGACUUUUCGGGGAGGCUUUGAAAAAAUCUCCAAACUCAGUAACACUUCUGAACGACAGAGCUCAGUGUCUCAGAUUAGCGGGACUGGAUGAAGACGCAAUGAAGGACUUAAACUUGGCUCUGAAAUUGAGCAACGGUCGAGGAAAAGCCGGAAAUCGCGCGCUUUGCCAGAGAGGAAUUUUGUUAAGAAAAAAUGGCAAAUUGGACGAAGCCAGGAGGGAUUUUUCGGAGGCUGCAAAAGGCGGUUCGAAAUUUGCUAAAACUCAACUUGUCGAGCUUAAUCCCUACGCGGCUAUGUGCAAUCAGAUGCUGAGAGAAAUGACUGUGAAAUUAAGCAAUCCUUGAGGAACUUAUCGUACAGUUAUUAAAUCUACGAAAAUAAAUUCAUGGAUAAUCGUUCAAAAGUUUACAAAUAAACUACGUUGUUGUCAAUGUUUCUAAUUAACCAGUGAAUUUACAUAAAUGUAAACGUUAUAUGCAUUUUUAUAUUUGUUAGCUUUCAAGCUGGUAAUAAAUAAAUGAAUUGGUCAAAA